AUAUUGAAUAUUGAUCGAACGAAUCAGUAUUUAAAAUCUACGAGCAAAAGGAAAUUAUCAAUCGUUGGUUUGUCUAGUGAAGAUAAUCGAAAAUGGAUUAUAUUCAAAUGCUCUUCACAGCUUCGAUUCUUUCCCUUGGAUACCUCGUUUUUAUUUGCGGCAAAAAAAAGAAACCGAAGCCAACCGCUUCUACUGAAUCGGUUUCACCACUCAACGAACCUAAACCUCCACCGCAAUCUGCUGUGCCUCAGAAGCCUGCUGCACCUGCGGCAGAAGAAAAGGCUCCAGUGGAUCCGAAGGAUCCAAAAAGUAAAGAUGUGGAUGAGGCGAAGAAACCAGAUCCAGCGAAUUCAAAGAAGUCCAACAAAUCGAAGAAACCAGAGAAGGGCUCGAAGAAGUCUAAAAAAUCGGAGAAGUCAAAGAAGAAGAAGACGGAGGAGAAGGUUAUGAGUGAGGACAAACCUGAAAGACCGGAUAAAUUGACGGAGGAGGAAAAGCCGGAUGCAAAGGAAAAGAAAGAAAUUGAAAAAGAGAAAACCAAGGAAAAGGAGAAAACUAAGGAAAAAGAGAAGACUCAGGAGAAGGAAAAAUCGAAGGAUGAGACGGUUCCAAAGCAGCAUGCACCAUCUUUGAAACGUCAAGAAGGAGAUAAGAACCCAGAGAUAACGAAUCCAAUCGUGACUCCGGAAACUGACGAGUUCCCAACAAUUGACGAAGACGCGGAGAAGACGAAAAAGACGGAGAAAAAGGAUGUGAAGACCGAAGGAACAUUGAAGAAAAAUUAGAUUAAGAGCUCCUUGUGCUUUAGAAAAAAAUGAAGAUUGAAUAUUUGUCA